UUAUUAAUUUAAAUAUUUAGAUUUAAUUAUCAUGAUUUAAUUAAAGAAAUAUUUUCUCACGAUUACAGGCAUAUAUAAGAAUCGAUGAUAAAAUUUUGCCGAUGACAAAACCUUAGGGAAAAUAUGUACCUUUUUGAAAUUUCAGAAACAAUUGCAAUUGUUUAUGCAAACAUACUAGUUACUAUAUUAUUUUAAAAAUGUGAUUAAAAAUUAUUUUGAAUAGUAAUUAAAUUGUAAUACAGUGACGAAACUUGAGCAAUAAUCUAAAAACUUUUUGAAAUAAAAAAAGAAGAAUAGUGUUGUGUGUAUAGUGUUGUGCGAAAAUGACUUUGAGUGUUUUUAUUUACAACAAUUUAUAUUUUUCAUCAUGUUCGCAAAAAUAUUUAUCUGGCCGCUCUGAUUUUUGUUUGAUUAUAAAAGAUGGAGACGCGGAUCAAUAUUAUCAAGACUUCACUACUGUGAACUUAGACAAAAUUUGGUCAUCGAUUCUUAUAUAUGUGUCUGUAAUCGUGUGAGAACUUUUUUUAUCCAAUAUAUGAUAUGCAAAUAUUAUUUACAUUAAUAUUACUAUAUAAUAUUUACUUUGGAUGCAUGAUUUAUGAAGUAUUCACAUUUCCAAAACUUUAUACCGUGAAAACAUUUGCGAUUAACGCGCCGAAAAAGGACGUAAUUUUAUCAAUUGCUCAUUUGAAUAAUGAAUCUCGAAGGUAAAAUUGCGAGGUUAUACGCCAUUGAAAAGCUAUUAUCCGUAUAUAUUACGAUAUGCAAAACGUUAUUGUAAUAAACUUGUAAAUUUCUUUAUUCUUCUAUGGAUGAUUGCAAAGCACGGACAUCAUCUCGUCGUUUUGCAUACCGCAAGAAAUCAAUUUCUUAGUCAUGUCGUAAAAGAGGAAUAAAUAUUCUCACCUCAGCGUAGAACACUUGUCAAUGAUUUAUUCAAUAGUUUGAUGUAUUUCAGCAAUGAAAGAAGUCAUUAUUUUGACAUUUAUUCGCGAUUGUGUCAUCGUCCCAUCGAAUUUACGGCAAAUAGCUCUGAACAGAUAAAAAUCAAAAAGUUGAUGCGACAAUGUUAUUGCAAAAAUGCAAAGAGAGAUUCGCUGUGCUUUCGCACGAACGCUAGUAGAAUGCACCAGCGAAAGUUGCUCGGUUACGAGCGCAAUUUUUGUGCACGUCCCAUGAGACAUCGUAAAUUUAACGAGAUGCAACGAGAUGUUAUCGCGACAACAAAAUCGCGAUUAACGGAGAGGAAACGCGAUAUUGUCGCAAGAGACAUCGAACCGACCGAUAAAGAUGCAGAUUUGGAAGCGUGGGACGAUUGGAGUAAUUGGAGCACAUGCAGCGUGACUUGCGGACAAGGACGACAAGUUCGUUGGCGUCAUUGUUUGUCUAAAGAUUGCAUCGAAGGUCUCAAAAAGGCGCAAUUGAAAAGUUGUCGUCUCAAGGAUUGCGAUACCAAAAGUUUUCUCGGUUGGUUCGGGAUCAAAUCUUGAUCUGCAUAAAGCAUUCAAGGAAGCCACUCUGGAAAAUGACAAAAUAUCGUCAAAUAUUAAUCCCACUCUUUUAGAAAAGGAUAUCAAAAACAAUCUGGAGGUAAAAUUGAAUAGACUCCGACAUAAAAACUAUAAUACAGAUCGCCGUAUCAACGAUGAAGAUAACAACAUUCGGAAACAGAUAAAACGAGCAGGAAAAAACUAUAGAAAACCGAAAAUAUGGGAUCAAUGGGGCAAUUGGUCCACAUGCAGCGUCACUUGUGGAAUAGGAAAAAUUAUGAGAUGGAGGCACUGCAUAAGUGGAAGUU